AUGGCGUCCCAUUUUCUGCGCCCAUUGGCGUCCGAGCUCUCCUCCUCGUCUGUCGCCGUCGCGCCGGCUCGACUCGCUCGCAUCAGCUUCCAAGAUGGAGGUAGAUUGCUCGUGAGCGGCCGUCGUCGCUGGCUCACCACCCUCAAAGCGGCCACCGCCUCCGUGCCCGCCGCCGCGAAGCCGCUCGCCCUAGUCCGCCAUGCCUCCGUGCUCUCCUCCCUGCCACCGGCACCCAAGAAGUACUCCACGGUCGUACUCCCCCAGACCACGCCCUACGCCCAGCUCAGCGUCGGCGUCCCCAAGGAGACCUUUGACGGUGAGCGUCGUGUCGCCGUCACCCCUGCCAACGUCGCCGUCCUGCUCAAGAAGGGCUACGCCAAGGUCCUCGUCCAGCGCGGCGCCGGCGCCGGCGCCGACUUCCUCGACUCCGCUUAUGAAAAAGCCGGCGCGACCCUCGUCGACGAUGCCGCCGCCAUCUGGUCACAGUCCAAUAUUGUCCUCAAGGUCCGCGGCCCGUCUCUGCAAGAGGUCGACUCCGUCCAAGAGAAUCAAACUAUUAUCUCGCUGCUGCAGCCCGCACAGAACAAGGAACUCGUCGAAAAGAUUGCGAGCCGCAACGCCACCUGCUUCGCCAUGGAUAUGAUCCCCCGCAUCUCUCGCGCCCAGGUCUUUGACGCUCUCAGCAGCAUGGCCAACAUUGCCGGCUACAAGGCCGUCCUCGAAGCCUCCAACGUCUUCGGCCGCUUCCUCACUGGCCAGGUCACCGCCGCCGGCAAGAUCCCGCCCUGCAAGGUCCUCAUCAUCGGCGCCGGCGUCGCUGGUCUCAGCGCCAUCGCUACGGCCCGUCGCAUGGGCGCGAUCGUCCGCGGCUUCGACACCAGGCCCGCCGCCCGCGAGCAGGUGCAGUCGCUCGGCGCGGAGUUCAUCGAGGUGGAAAUCGAAGAAGACGGCUCCGGCGCAGGCGGCUAUGCUAAAGAGAUGAGCAAGGAAUUCAUCGAAGCCGAGAUGAAGCUCUUCAAGGAACAGGCCCAGGAGGUGGACAUUAUCAUCACUACCGCCCUCAUCCCUGGGAAGCCCGCCCCGAAGCUGAUCAAGAUGGACAUGCUCGACGUUAUGAAACCUGGCAGUGUCAUUGUUGAUCUUGCUGCCGAAGCCGGUGGCAACUGCGAGGCCACCCAGAAGGGUGAGCUUGUGACUUACAACGACGUCAAGGUGAUUGGUUAUACCGAUCUUCCGUCACGUCUGCCCACCCAGUCCUCUACACUGUACUCAAACAACAUCACCAAGUUCCUGCUCUCCAUGACCCCGCAGGACAAGGAGUUCGGCAUCGAUCUCUCCGACGAGGUCGUACGCGGCGCCAUCGUCACCCUCAAGGGCGACAUCCUGCCCCCUGCCCCACGUCCCGCGCCUCCCCCGAGCCCCGCGAAGCCCGCCGCCGCCGCCGCCGAGGCCACCCCCGAGCCCGUCGCCCUCACGCCCUGGCAGGAGAAGUCGCGCGAGGUCGGCUUCGUCACCGGCGGCAUGGCCUCGGUGCUGGCGCUUGGCAAGUUCACCGGCCCGCUCUUCAUGUCCAACGCCUUCACCUUUGCCCUGGCGAGCCUCAUCGGCUACCGGGUCGUCUGGGGCGUGGCCCCCGCGCUGCACUCGCCGCUGAUGAGCGUCACCAACGCCAUCUCCGGCAUGGUGGGCGUCGGCGGCCUGUUCAUCCUCGGCGGAGGGUACCUCCCCGGGACGAUCCCCCAGACGCUGGGUGCUCUGAGUGUCUUGCUCGCAUUCGUCAACGUGGGUGGCGGCUUUGUCAUCACCAAGCGCAUGCUCGACAUGUUUAAACGCCCUACCGAUCCUCCCGAGUAUCCAUGGCUUUACGCUCUUCCCGCUGCCGUGUUUGGCGGAGGCUUCAUCGCUGCGGCGUCUACCGGUGCUGCCGGACUCGUCCAAGCCGGCUACCUUGCUUCUUCCGUUCUUUGCAUUGGCUCCAUUUCCGGUCUGGCUUCGCAGGCUACUGCCCGCAUGGGCAACAUGCUCGGCAUGCUUGGCGUUUCUUCCGGUGUUCUUGCUAGCUUGCUUGCUGCCGGCUUCUCCCCCGAGGUUUUGACUCAGUUUGGCGGUCUUGCUUCCAUUGGUAUUCUUGCUGGCGCCUUGAUCGGAAAGCGCAUCACGCCCACUGAUCUUCCUCAAACCGUUGCUGCUCUGCACUCCGUUGUUGGUCUUGCUGCUGUUCUGACCAGCAUUGGCAGUGUCAUGGCUGGCAUUCAAGAUAUCUCCACCCUGCAUAUGGUGACUGGUUACCUAGGCGUUUUGAUUGGUGGCAUUACAUUUACUGGCUCUAUUGUUGCAUUUAUGAAACUUGCUGGCAGAAUGUCCUCGAAGCCCAAGAUUCUGCCUGGACGGCACAUUAUUAACGGUGGCCUCUUGGCCACCAACAUUGCCACCAUGGGCGCCUUUGUCACUAUGGCCCCUGGCGCUCCGCUGAUUGCCGCUGGCGCCCUGACUGCCAACACAGUCAUGAGCUUCAUCAAAGGUUACACCACCACAUCCGCCAUUGGUGGUGCCGACAUGCCUGUCGUCAUCACCGUGCUCAACGCCUACUCUGGCUUCGCCCUCGUGGCCGAAGGCUUCAUGCUGGACAACCCGCUGUUAACGACCGUCGGCGCGCUGAUUGGCGUGUCCGGCUCCAUCCUGUCCUACGUCAUGUGCGUCGCCAUGAACCGCUCGCUGACCAACGUGCUCUUCGGCGGCCUCUCCACGCCGACUGAAGUGCAGGAGUACAAGCCGCAGGGCGAGGUGACGACGACGUCGAGCGAGGAGCUCGCCGACGCGCUGCUCAACUCGGAGUCGGUCAUCCUGGUGGUCGGCUACGGUAUGGCCGUGGCCAAGGCGCAGUACGCCAUCUCGGAGAUCGUGGCGGCGCUGCGCGCGCGCGGCGUCACCGUGCGCUUCGCCAUCCACCCGGUCGCCGGCCGCAUGCCCGGCCAGUGCAACGUGCUGCUCGCCGAGGCCAGCGUGCCCUACGACAUCGUCCUCGAGAUGGACGAGAUCAACGACGACUUCCCGGACACGGAUCUGACGGUGGUGAUUGGCGCCAACGACACGGUCAACCCGAUCGCGAUGGAGAAGGGCAGCGCCAUCGAGGGCAUGCCCGUCCUGCACGCGUGGAAGAGCAAGCAGGUCGUCGUGAUGAAGCGCGGCAUGGCCAGCGGAUACGCGGAUGUGCCGAAUCCCAUGUUUUACAUGCCCAACACCAAGAUGCUGUUUGGCGACGCCAAGGAUUCCUGUGAAGCUAUCAAGGUGGCUCUCCAGUCUAAACAGUAG